GCGAAUGUGGUUCGGCGUUUAAAACUCGAUCCGUCAAGGGCUUACUUCUUCAGAAACUCGGAGGCCGCCAUUGCUGUUUUCUCCGUUUAAGGCAAGCACGGUGCCGUAAUAUUUUACUAUUUUUCUGCUGUUAUUAUCAUUUAUUUUUUGUUGAUUAAAAUACUCUUAGAUGGAGAGAAACAGGAAACGUAAGUCGCGUUCUAAAUCUGCUGCCGAUGAUUUUUCUGAUAUCAAUGAUGCCGAGAUUUCUGGAUACCUUAACAACAAAACUGAGAUGCUUUUCAAGAAGUUGAUGUGGGAAGCUAUCAAUAAAUGUUAUGCAAAGAAGAAAAAAAUAAAGCCUGCUACAGAGAAGGAAUCUUCUGCUAAGAAUGCUGUUGCUGGCAGGAUGGCAAGUGUAAAGGAAAAGGAACCGGAGAACAAAAAGAGACUGAGUUCGAAAAUCAACUAUGAUGCAUUGGAGAAACUAACCGAUGGAAUACCAGAGGAAGUUACUGAAAAGCCUAAGGAGCUCUCCAAAGGAACAUCAAAAUUUGAAGUUCGUGAUUUUGAGGAAGACAACUAUAGUGACGAGCUUGAGUCCGAGAAUGCUAAUCUAUAUUCCUACGCAGAUGAGGAAGAGGAGUAUGAUUGUAGAGAAGGUUAUGAUGACUACGAAGAAUUUUGAAGCUAAAAUGAUAUUGACAAUAUUAUGGCUGCUAUUAAGUUUCGAGGGCAUUGUGAACAUAGUCAUGGGCAAAAUUUGCAUAUAGCUGCAACUAUUUGCUAUUUGAUCGAUUUUGCAAUUUGUUAUUUCAAUUCAUGUAGGAAUGAUACGCAGAGGUGAGUAGUUUUGAUCGAAUCAUGUGAUUUGUGAUUAAU